AUGCCUGUCGAAAGAACCCUUUCCAUUAUUAAGCCCGACAUUACCAAAAAAAAUCAGAUUGGAGAAAUCAUUAAUAUCCUUGAAAAAAAAGGAUUAAGAAUAGUCGGAAUGAAAAUGAUUCGUUUGACUCCCCAAUUAGCCGCCGCUUUUUAUCAGGAGCAUAACACUAAACCAUUUUUUAAAGGAAUGAUUGAAUUCAUGUGUAGUUCGCCCGUAGUGGCAAUUUGCUUGGAAGGGGAAAACGCUAUCCAAUUUAAUCGCAAGAUUAUGGGUGCUACUAAUCCCCAUGAAGCCCAAGACGGGACUAUCCGAAAAAUCUACGGAGCCAGUAUCGAUGCUAAUGCCAUUCAUGGCUCUGAUAGCCCCCCAGCCGCAGCAAGAGAAAUAAACUUUUUUUUUAAAAAAGAGGAAAUAUUUUCUUAA